CAGAUCCUCCCUCAUGUCCAUGCUGUCUUUUCUUUUUACUCUCUUCCUCUGCAUUUCCAUGCCUGCGUGUCAUGCUCGCUGUUUCAGGGUCGUCAACAUGGCUUCUGGCACCCAACCCCAUCUUUCCAGCAAGGUGCAGGUGGCAGAUCAGAGAGCCAACAAGGACACGGUUCAAAAGUUAAGGGAAAAUGGAGAAAGCAUGACUGGUAAGAAGACACAUAGUGGUGCAUUCGUUCAAAACCUGAAGGAAUUGCAUGCUCUUCUCAAGGAAAUGACAGGCGUCAAAUUUAAAGGAGCUAAUUCAGGUGUUGUGCAAAACAAGUCUCCUAAUCCCCAUGAGAAGCAGAACAAAAAUCCAGGGUUUUACUCAGAUUAUUCUCGACCAAGGACACGUCCUCCCUCUCACAAUUGAGCUUUAUUUCCCUUUUCUUGCGUGUUAUCUCCUCCAUAAUUUUGCUUUCUUUCCUCUCCAAUAUAAGCAGAACAAUCUCAAAGACAAGUUUUUUUACAAUCUCAAUUUUGUACACUAGAAAGUUUAACUUCACAAAUAUUUCUUUUUCUUCAA